AUGGCUGCCAUCUUCAAGUGCCGUAAGUGUCCCUAUCGUCCCCACCCCUUUCCUCCUUCCCCGGCCGGCCUGAGAGGCAACAGUGAGCCUACAGGCUCGCCUAAUUCGGUAGCAGCCCAACCGGUUGCAUCUUCCUUGUCCUGGCCACUCGGUGCCACCAGCACAGCCGGAACAAGGAAGCCGGUCGCCGCGUGGACGCAAAGAGGCUUGGCGACAUCACAUCCCACGACGUGUGGUGUGACGCUGCUGCUGCUGCGACUCGACGAUUUGGCAAAACAACCGACCGUCAGGGCGAAACCAGCCGGCAAAGCACUCUUCCUCCCGGUUGGCCGACUGUGGCACAACGGCUCGAGCCACCGAGCCGGAGCCCGUAGGGUUUGGCCUCGUGGCCAAUAG